AUGCAUUGCGUGGAUGAGAGGGACGGGAUAAAUGAGGAAGAUGGAGGACGCCGGGGUGAGACACCACGAGUGGAGAACCCAGAGUUAAAUAACCACAUGUCGCAGAGAGAGGAGAAAUCUGCUGAUGUGAAGCCGCUACUUGCAUUUGAAAAGGUUCCAGUAGGAGCUCACGCAGAGUGUGUGGACGCCAUGCAGGAAGGUGCCAGUCCGGCAGCGUCUUUUCUUGGCAAUACCGCAACAUCGGGUGUUAGAAACAACGCUGCUGAUGGUGUAAAAGGCGAAAAUCGUCGAUGCCAAGAGCACCAGGUGCAGUUGGCAUGGGGUGGCGAUUCCUGCACUACUCCCAAGAAUGUCGGUCAUGUUAUGUUGCCUACAGAAGAAACGGAGGUUGAGAAUUUUCAGGCGUCUGGUAAUCUCGCUAACUCCAGCGUUUACGAAAGCAGCAUAGUUGGGGGUGAUGAUGCCGGUGUUUCAUUGAGUUGGGCGUCGAGACAACGGAGGCCACAAAAUGGGGCAGAACGCUGGCGGAAGCAAGAAACGGAGACGUGGCGACGAAGCAACGAGCAGUGUGCUUCUUUGGGGUCUCCAACAGCGAUUGUAAAAAGGCUUUCAGAGACAAACGGGUCGACGCUACAGAUUUACGGUGAUGGCGCCUAUGAGAACCACAGCGGGGGUGGUGGUGUAAUCAUUGAUGCAGGGGAUUGUGAUGAUGCUCUGGAGACGCGUUGCAGACGAUACAGUUCGAUAGCUACUCGGCGACUGUGCCGACACAACGUGGAAUUCAGAAAAAGUGAUGAUGACGGGACGGUCAUGCCUCUGUGGCAAACAUUUGCAGGUAGUGAAAAUCUCUGA